AACUUUCAGGAAGUAUAUUAAAUGAAUAUGGGCUUACUUGCUAAGGAGAAUAUUGUUUCCUAUGAACUGUUUGCAUUGCAUGAUAUGUGGUAGUUAUCUUUGUAAAUAGUUGCAUAACUUAACAAGGUAAACUAACCAUAUUUGAACAAAAGUAAAAUGUGCUUGCCAAAGUAUUGUCACUGCACUGGUCGUAUGGGGAUGCAUUUUCACAAUGCAUGCAUCAAAACAGAGUUGUGUUCUGAGGAGCGCACAGAUUAGGAUCAGUUGUUGUCUCAGUGGUUAACUGAUGACUUCAACUGAAAACUUCGACAAAGAGAACUUCUCAAAGUCAGAGCCAUGAGAGAGGAACGGACAGUUUAAUGUGAUUUGUUGCCAAGUUGACCUUAAUUAAAGAUCAGCACCUGGAGAGAGAGUUUAAAAAAAAAAAAAAAAAAAAAAAAAAAAACCUGCCUGAAAACCGAGAAACUUACCAAGACCCAAGAGACACAACUGAAGCAGCAGGGUGAGCUGCAUCACUGCACUGAAACGAGGCAACUCACACAGAUGGAGCAACAGGUUUUACUUCUGUUUCCCCACAGUCGAUACGUGUUACGUGUGUGCAUGCCCCAGAAAAAAAAGAAAAAAAAAACACUGAACGGUGAAACCAGCUGGGCUAGCAACACACUGCCAGAGACAGAGUGUGGACAGUGGUGUCUUAUUAGCGCACCUGUGUCAACUGAGAGCGCGUGGCCGUCAUUAUUAGUCAUCUAAUUACGUCGCAGCUGCAUGCCCCCCUCACUAAUUAAGGUCUGUUUUGCGUGCCCUUAUGCAAAGUUUUGUUCCAGUUAAAACGGAACCCAAAUUUGAGCAUCUAGCCGUCAUCCACCGCACAACUCGAAACCAUCGCAUUCAGGAAACCGACGGGGUAUUUUUUUUUUCCGCCGAAGCUAAACACCGAGACACAGGCGUCAAGGGGCAAGCUCAGCUCUAAACGAGGUGGCUCUGAAACCCGUUGUAGGUGAGGGUAGGGUAGAGAUGCGCCGAAUUUGGCCCACACACUGCUGCGCACACAGGCUUUUCCUGUUAAGACUCGGCUGCGCUGCGACUCAUCAGAUCGACAGUGACGGCGCAUUUGAAGAUGAUGCGAUUGCUGUUCCUGUGUCUGCUUCUUCUGCUGCCAGCUGCUGCUGUAGAUGUUGCAGACCUUGUUGAAGGAUCAGCUGAUGACGAUGCAGACGAUGAGGAUUACACAAGUGAUCUCAAUUCUGUCCCUGUCCCAGAUAAAACUAAAGGCAAGGAAGAAGAAGGUCAGAUGACCCUGAUCAUCAUCAUUGUCGCUGCAGUUGUGUUGAGUCUUACAGUUGCAACAGUUGUCACCAUACUACUAGUAAGACGCCAUGUGCACAACCGGCAGCAAGGAAUCUACUCCGUGCCGAUCGAACAGGAUCAGAAAGGUGCCAUCUAGUUCCUGGCGGAGCAUCGGCCCUGUAACACACAGGCAAGAGGAGAAAUGCAUCUGGCUAUGUUCUCUCCUACCCUUUCACUCAGGACUUCUUUGCACAACAGCCGGCUUCUCACUGUUCAGUUCAUUGCUCACUCCUACACAACCUCCUAUACAUGUGUAACAUAUGUAAUUUGUGUUUUUUUUUUUUUUUUCUUUUUUACUGUUGUAUACUUUGUCUUUGUCCCAGUCGUUUGUACUCCACAUACACACAAUUUAGCCUGGGACAUUUGGAACACAUUCAAACCUUCUAAUUGGAUUCUAUUUGAGGAAUCCAAAUCAAAGCCACUGAAUAUGGCUUGAAGCUUCUUUUGUUAAAAGGGAUAAUUUAGCACAGCCAGAGCUCCCCCCCUUUUUUUUUUUUUUUUUUUUUUUUUUUUAACUGCCUGAAACAAGAAAUUAUUCCCACCAGCUUUGCAGUGAAACCGUAUUUGCAUUUGAUUUGGUACAUGUGGAACAGACCUGUCUGCGAGAAAUGGUCGUUGAGUGAGGCAAACCAUGCUAAUCCACACUAAGCUAGCCCAACGCUCACCUCAUUCCCUUAUUCACUUGUCUUACAUCUUCUGUUCCUGGCCCAUUAAGAAUGACAGGAGGCAACGCAAUAGGAAGAUAGAAACUCGCUCUCUGUCUUUUCAGCCUGAGUAAAACAGAACAAGUGGAAAUAGUCGGUGCGAACCCUUCCUUGCAUUGCUGCAAAUUAAUCAGCCACCAUGAAUGAUGAUAUUUUCUUUUCCGACUGUCCUUUUCGUUUUGAAAGGCUUUCACUUUAGUCUCGCAGGUUGUAAAUAGCUUCCUGAAUGCUGCGGAGAGUUAGAUUAAUGCCUCCCACGCUGGUAGAGAGAAGCUUGGUGGAAAGGAUGGAUGAAAGCUCAAAUUAAAUAUAGUGGGAUGAUUGGGGGGGGAAAUAACAACAACGCCUUUCUUUCGUUCAUAUGGAGAGUGAGGGCUUCUCUGAUUUCAGUCAAAUGAAAUCAAUCAUGCCGUGUGGAGGAAAGAUUUCUGUCCAAGAACCAAAGGCACUGGCUGCCUUAUUUGUUUGUUGCCAGCAAAAGGGUUAAAGUGGAAGGGGACUUUUUCCUGACAUGUCAGUUUUUCAUUUCUAGCUUCAUGGGCAGCUCUGAUAAUGGAGCCGAUAACACUGGGAAGGGCUACAUGGGAUUUGUCAAAGCAGGAUAUCGCUUUGCUCCCCCACUAAAUCUUGUAGCUAAUCUAGCCACUGGGGGCAGGGCUUGGUCGGAGCAGUCCCGCCAGCUGUGAGAGUAAAAAAUUGAGAAGUCACGUCUUAAUCGGGGGUGUACAGCAAGUGCUGGUCUGUGGUGAAGUGCCAUAUAUAUAAUAUGUCUCUGUUCUGUGCUUUUUUUUUUAAAUGUCCUUAUGCGAACACUGCUAUUUCCCAAAAGUGUUGCAUUGCCCAAUAAUUCUUCUUCAAGUGUCUGCAUUUCAAAGGGAGGACAAUUUGACAAACAAAAAGCAGUUCAAAACAUUUCAGUUUAAAAUAAAUAAUAUAUAUAUGAAUAGAGAGAGAGAUUGUAUGUGUUUGUGUAUAGCCUUUCUCUGCACAUUUACUGAUACUCCACCAUUUCUGUUGGAAAGUGCAACCAUAUUCGGUCUAAUCUUUAAAAACACAUUUGCCAAAAUGUAGAAAGUGAACAGACUUGUUCAGAAAUCCAGUGAGAGUAAUUGGUUAAUGAUCCAUUCUUGCAGCCAAACUCUACUGUCACUCCCUCUUGUAAAGCCACACUGUCGUGACACUACCCGUGUAUAAUAAAGCAACACAUGUAGCUGACAAGCUUUUAUCUGUCUCAAAGUGAUGUAUGUGGAAAAGUUGUUUUUUCAUUUUUGAGCUGAUGGAUUCAUAAACUGUCAGGGCAAAAGUCAUCACCUGUUCAUGCAAUUGUUCUAUCUUAUCUUUUUUUAAUAUAUUGUAUGUAUCUACAGAUUUACUAAGCAAUUGAAUUUGCAUCGUGUCUCGUGUCUUUUAUGGGGAAAAAAUAUAUUUGGAAAAAGGGAGAUUUUUUACAUACUUGGGUGGAAAUCAGUUAUUGGCCAAAGAAUUUUAUGUAAAAUGUUUGCAUUAUAGCGCCAUAGCAUCAAGAGAAAGUUUAAAUUUGGUCUUCUUUCAUGUAUGCACUUUUUAAAAUCUCACUCACGUAUUUUUAUGACAUUGACAGCAAAUGUGGUUUCCUGUUCUGUAUUAAAGUGUAAAAUACAUGACCUGGUAUCUCACAAGAACACACUUGCAGUAGCUGUCGUGCUACUGAUGGUGUAUCAAAUUCCUAAACCUGUAUAUCAUGAAUUGGUUCUGUUUGCACAGCUGCAUUCACCUUGGUUCAGUUCUGAUGCCAUGUGGAACAGGGAAUACUACAGCAUAUUGUAUAGCUACGCUGAACUCUGGAUUGUGUUUCUUUUGACAUUAAAUGUGUCGUAAACUUUG